AUGCGGGCCAAGGGCACAAGCAUCGAAAUGCGUCUGCCAAAGACAACAGUUAAGCCAGGUACCGCCUUUCGAAACGGUUGUGUGAGUGCUGAUAAUCUUUACAGUUCUAAUCGCGACUCGCUGGGUUACGACGUACAUCGAUCCUUGCGAGGCACUAGUUUGCGCGGCACCACCAAACGCUUUAUUUGUAGUAAAGGUGCCACAUCCGAACGAGUUGGUCCUGGCUCCUAUGAUAUCAUGAAGAAGCCGAAGGUACUACUAUCAGACCCGCCGAUUUGCCAGCGGAGCGAUUUACCCCUUUCAGAUCGACUUACGCAGUGGGGUUGCCAGGUUGACUCGCGAUCGAUAGAUUGCGCGGGGGAAUGGAAAAAUACGUCCGGGAUUCCUUCUGUCACAAAGCAUUUGUUUCGCAAGGCACAUGAUUCAACAUGGAUUGAGCAAGUUGAGCAACGACAUCGCAGAGAAAACCCAUCGGCUUAUAAAGGUAUGGUUGUUUGCCCAAAGCGACAAAUGCCAGAUUAUUUGCUGGGAGUUAGUGAGCCUGCGUAUGUGAAAGCAGCAGCUUCUUCCAUUCUCGCAACCCAACGAUCAUGUUGUGAUUGA